AUGCCUGGACUCAUUAACAAGGAGAACCGAAGCGCUCUGCCCCUCAGUGUCUCUGAUAUCACUUCCUGUGUCAUGGGUUACACUCUGGCCAUGACGGCCUCUAUGACCUAUGAAAAUAUUGAAGAUCAUGCAAUUGAGGGGAUCUUCAUUUAUCCACUGGAGGAAAAUUCUAUUGUUGUGGGGUUUGAGUCAAUGAUAUCGAGUCAGAUUAUAACACUGCAAAUCAAAGACAAGGCAAAGAUAGACGAGUGUUAUGUCGAUUGCUGCAAGACAUCAAAUGGAGCCCUCCAGAGUGGCAGCGGACAUAUAGUGAUUGAUGAGGAUUUGGAGAGGACGGUGUUAGUGGUUAACCUCGGGAUCAUCCCUCCUAUGGAGACAGUCCAUAUUCUGGUGAGCACCUCCUCUGAGCUGUCCACCCUGCCCGACGGAGGUAUCAUGGUCUCGUCCCCAUCGGUGUGUACACCUCGGGUACAGAGGACCAUCAACGAGGAGCAGGGACUAUCCCCAAACUUCUCCAGAACGCGGGACAGGCACAGUUGUGCCUCGAGUCCUCACGAUCAAACUGCUAACCUCUCUCAGCUGUGGUUGUCUUCACUGCUGGAGGAGGAGGCCAUCAACUCCAUGGACUACGAGUUUAACUUCCAGCUAGAGAUACGGGCCCCCUAUCUCCUCUCAGGUGUGGAAAGCCCAUCUCACGCCAUCCGAGCUGAUGCAGACCCGCUGGCUCGCUCUGCCACAAGCGUUGUGGUCACUCUGGCUGACAAGUACACUUAUGACUGUCCUGUCAAAAUCCUCAUCUACCCGAAUGAGCCUCAUCUGCCACAUGUGCUUAUUGAGAAUGGAGACAUGACCCAGGAGGAGUACGAUGAAUAUAUUCACGGUCGGAGUGAUUUCAUCAAGGCUGCCAAGAAGGACUCCAGCGAUGAGAGGAAAAUAGAUGUCAUUCACAGGCGACUCCAUAAGGACAUCCUCCACAACCCUGUGGUCAUGUUGAACUUUUGCCCUGACCUCAAGUCCAUAAGCUCAGACCUGAGGAAGGUUCACGGCGAGUUUAUCUUCCUCAUUGACCGUAGCGGCAGCAUGAGCGGGGUUAACAUCAACUGUGUGAAGGAUGCCAUGGUGGUGAUUCUCAAGAGUCUCGUUCCAGGCUGCAUUUUUAACAUCAUCGGCUUCGGCUCCACUUUUAAAUCACUAUUCACAACCAGCCAAAACUAUGAGGAGGAAGCCCUGGCUCUGGCCUGUGAUUAUGUUCGGAAGAUCCGAGCCGACAUGGGGGGGACCAACGUCCUGGCACCGCUCAGUUGGAUCCUGAGGGAGCCGAUGUUCAGCGGACACCCCCGCCUCCUCUUCUUGCUCACUGAUGGAGCCACCAGCAACACAGGCAAAGUCAUCGAGCUGGUUCGCAGCCAUGCACGCUACAUCAGAUGUUUCACUUUCGGCAUAGGACAGAAGGCUUGCAGGAGGCUGGUGCAGGGACUGGCGAGAGUUUCCAAAGGAACAGCGGAGUUCCUGACUGAAGGAGAGAGGCUGCAGCCUAAGAUGAUAAAGUCGCUGAAGAAAACCAUGUCUCCAGUACUCAGUGACAUUUCCAUCGAAUGGCUCUUUCCUGAGACGAAAGAAGUGCUGCUGUCCCCCGUGGGCAACACCUUCCUGUUUCCAGGAGACAGCUUGAUUGGCUACAGUGUGGUGUGCGACGCCACCCGCUACCACGCCAACCCCAAAUCUGAUAAGAGGAGGCGAUACAGCAUGAUGCGCUCCAUCGAGUCAGCCAGCUCCGUGUUUUACCAAUCUCAAGAGGAGGACGCGGUGAAGACAGGCAGCGACUUUCCAGGGUCCUACAGAGAAGCACCACUGUACGAUUCCUACCAAGACUCCAUGCCAGACAGCCCUGUCCCCACAGAGCAUGACACUGUGGGGAUGGAUUGUAAGACCUCUCCAAGAAGACGGGCAUACAGCACCAACCAGAUAACAGAGUACAAUCCAGCUAAGAAGGUCUUCACUCCCAGUGAUCCCAGCUCUGUGGUGGCAAAGAAUCCACUGAGGAGAGCCAAAGUCCAGGAGCUGAUCGGCCAGAUGAGCCCUGAGCAUGAGGCCCAGUGGAGGAACGACUACCAGCCACAGUUGGAAAGCCUGUGUGCCUCAUCUUCCAGCGGGCGUCAAGCCAGCUGUCACAGGCCGCUCACUCAACAGGAAGUGGACUCAGAGCUUCAUUUGCAGCCUCAGGAGAAUCCUCAGCCCAGCAGCAUCGGGGCGCCGCCUGCAGCUCGCACCUCCGCUGGGGAAGAUGGAUCCAGAUCGUCCACCGACAGCCCGUCUGUUGGCAGCGUUGGAGAUACGGAUGGCUAUGGACACCAGUUAUGUCAAGCAGAAACCCCACAGGAGACCCACACUUCAGAUCUGGGUGCAGCCAACCAGCCCAAAGGGGACUGCAAGGCGGUGGUGUCCGGACUGCUGUGUGGGAAACUAGUGAAGUGGGAGGUCGUCUUUGAUAUCGAGCCCUUCCUGAACGGCCGGGAACGUGAGGAAAAGGUCCACGAGGAGCUGUGGAACGAGACCUUCCACCACAUGGCUGGACGCGCCAUCAUAUGUGACUUUGAGCACAUGGUGGAUAAGGAGUGUGCGAUUGAGCACGGCUCUGGCAGGAAGUACCAGCUCUACGCUAUCCAUACCAGCAAGGCCUGCAACAUACUGAGCAAAUACACAGCGUUUAUUCCCAUCGACCUGGACACUAAUGAGUAUUUGCAGACAUGUAUUGAAUACAUAAACGGUGGUGAAGGUCUGAAGCGGGGCUCACAUUCAAGGUCUCGUUCAGGGAGCAGUAAGAACAGAGGGUACUCCAUCGGACUGGGUCGCUCUCAGUCCGGUGGCAUGUCGGAGGAAGCUGACGAUGUCCUGCUGCCCAACAAUGGGGAGGAUGGCGUCUCUCCGUGUAGCACCUCCUCCUCCAGCGGCUGGGAGAGAAGUAGCUUCACAGAUAUCUUCCAAAGGAGUCCGUCUGUGACCUCUGACCAAUCACAGAAAUUGAUGGAGAGCCUUUGUUCUGCCAGGUUGGCCCUCAGCAGGACUCGCCUCCUGACUCGGGCUGCCAGAGGAUUCAUGGGUCGAUCUCACAGCAAGUCAAUUGGAGAGAGCGACAACGAGAACAAAGACUACAUUCCUCUAGUGUUGUUGCAGUUGGCUAGUGGCGCAUUUCCGCUGGACACGGCUCUGUGUGAAGCCAUCAGCGUGCCCAUGAACAAGUUAAAGUGGACGUCCCCCUUCACCAGCCACCGCACCAGCCUGGGCCACCUGUCUCACUCCAGCAGCCGCCGUGCUGAGAGUGUCGAUGACCGACACAGGUCACCGUGUGGAAGUGAAACAAAUCAGCAACCUGCAGAACCCACUGUGGGCAUCUACAGCCCUUCUCACCUGUCCAGGAGCUUGUGGACGGAUGCCGGUCCUUCCACGGCGUCUGAUCCCCCAUUCUCCCCACAUGCCCAGGUGGAAAGUGGGCGGGGCUCCGCCUCAGGGAGCUUGGAAGCAGCAUCGCCCAGCAGUGGUCCAAAGAGAAUGCUGGAUCCUGAGAGCAUGGUGUGGGCCACUGCUGUGGCCCUCGCCUGGCUGGAGCACAGCUCUGCCAGUCAUUUCAUCGAGUGGGAACUCGUAGCCGCCAAGGCCAGCAUGUGGCUGACUGCGCAGGAAAUUCCAGAAGGCCGAGACUUGGCCUCCGUCAAGGCUGCAGCCAACCAGCUCUUCAUGAUCCUCAGACACUGGGAUGAAAACCUGCAACUAAACAUGCUCUGUUACAACCCUAACAGUGUCUGAGGCCUGCUCAUCCAAGGAUGAAAUGGACUCAAUUCCAUACUAUGCUAACUGAGGCUGUAGUGUUCUCUUCUUUGUCCUCUGGAGUCAGAAUUUGCUGUUGCAGUUGUGAACAAUAUGUAUUUUCUUCUCUGUUAUGUGCUGUAUCUGCAAACAUAACACAGGCUCUUCAGAGGCACGAUGUGCAAGCUUUUACCUCGCUGGUGCCAUAUUGUAGCUGGAUCCGUGUUAGCCAGAGGAUCCAAUCAGAUUUAUUCCACAGAUUUGA